GGGCGGGACAGAACCAGGGACUGGAAUACCAGGGAGGCACACGCGAGACAGGAAUCGGGGUUCCUGGGUGUUGGGUGAUCCGGGGCGUGCAGGAACUCCGGAAGCCCAUCGACCAAAUCGUGGACUCGUCGCCCUGGGUUGCCUAUGUCUACGCAAGUGGGAGACGGGCCUGGCGCUCCAAAUCGGGGGUCGGGGAAGCGUCAUCCGGCUUGGUCCCCAGGAUCCUAUCGGCGGACCCCCGACUCAGCGUAGGGCCCGGCGGGACAUGGCUGAAGCGCACCAAGCCGUGGGCUUCCGACCCUCACUGACCUCGGACGGGGCGGAAGCGGACCGCAGCGCCUCGGCGCUGCAGGAGAUCUACCUGUCCGGACUGCGCUCCUGGAAAAGGCAUCUCUCCCGGUUCUGGAAUGACUUUCUCACUGGUGUGUUCCCUGCCAGCCCCCUCAGCUGGCUCUUCCUCUUCAGUGCAAUCCAGCUCGCCUGGUUCCUCCAGCUGGAUCCUUCCCUAGGACUGACGGAGAAGAUUAAAGAGUUGCUGCCAGAUUGGGGUGGACAGCACCACAGGCUUCGCGGGGUCCUGGCGGCCGCACUGUUUGCUUCGUGCCUCUGGGGAGCCCUGAUCUUCACACUUCACGUGGCUCUCAGGCUGCUGCUGUCCUACCACGGCUGGCUCCUCGAACCCCACGGAGCCAUGUCCUCACCCACCAAGACUUGGCUGGCCCUGGUCCGCAUCUUCUCCGGCCGCCACCCAAUGCUCUUCAGUUACCAGCGCUCCCUGCCGCGCCAGCCUGUGCCCUCGGUGCAGGACACCGUGCGCAAGUACCUGGAGUCCGUCCGGCCUGUCCUUUCGGACGAGGAUUUCGACUGGACGGCGGGCCUGGCUCAGGAAUUCCUGAGGCUGCAGGCGUCGCUGCUGCAGUGGUACCUGCAGCUCAAGUCCUGGUGGGCGUCCAAUUACGUCAGUGACUGGUGGGAAGAGUUUGUGUACCUUCGCUCCCGCAACUCGCUGAUGGUGAAUAGCAACUAUUAUAUGAUGGACUUCCUGUAUGUCACGCCCACCCCCGUGCAGGCUGCUCGCGCCGGGAACGCUGUGCACGCCCUGCUCCUCUACCGCCACCGCCUGAACCGCCAGGAGAUCCUGCCGACGUUGCUGAUGGGAAUGCGGCCCUUGUGCUCCGCCCAGUAUGAGAAGAUAUUCAACACCACGCGGGUGCCUGGGGCCCAGAAAGACCACCUGCGCCACCUCCGGGACAGCCGGCACGUGGCCGUGUUCCACCGGGGCCGGUUCUUCCGCGUGGGCACCCACUCCCCGAGCGGCCUGCUGUCCCCGCGCGCCCUGGAGCAGCAGUUUCAGCGAAUCCUGGACGACCCCUCGCCCGCCUGCCCCCACGAGGAGCACCUGGCGGCCCUGACCGCGGCGCCCAGGGACCUGUGGGCGCAGGCGCGGAGGUCCCUGAAGAGCCGCGCGGGGGAGGCCCUGGAGGCGGUGGAAGGGGCCGCUUUCUUUGUCUCGCUGGACUCGGAGCCCGCGGGGCUCACCAGGGAGGACCCCGCGGCCUCCUUGGACGCCUACGCCCACGCCCUGCUGGCUGGCCGGGGCGACGACCGCUGGUAUGACAAGUCCUUCACCCUCAUCGUCUUCUCCAACGGGAAGCUGGGCCUCAGCGUGGAGCACUCGUGGGCGGACUGCCCCGUCUCAGGGCACAUGUGGGAGUUCACACUGGCCACUGAAUGCUUCCAGCUGGGCUACUCAGUGGACGGCCACUGCAAGGGCCACCCUGAGCCCUCCCUGCCCCGGCCCCAGCGGCUACACUGGGACCUUCCAGACAAGGUCCACCUGUCCAUCGCGCUCGCCCUGAGGGCAGCCAAGACCUUGUCCGGAGACACGGACUGCCACGUCUUCCCCUUCUCCCACUUCGGCAAGAGCUUCAUCAGACGCUGCCACCUGUCCUCAGACGGCUUCAUCCAGACGGCCUUGCAGCUGGCCCACUUCCGGGACAGGGGUCGCUUCUGCCUGACUUAUGAGUCGGCCAUGACGCGCCUGUUCCUGGAAGGCCGGACGGAGACGGUGCGGUCUUGCACGCGGGAAGCCUGCAACUUCGUGCGAGCCAUGGAGGACAGAGAGAAGACAGUGGGUGACUCACAGUGCCUCUCCCUGUUCCGCCUGGCGGUGGACAAGCACCAGGCCCUGCUGAAGGCGGCCAUGAGCGGGCAGGGCGUGGACCGCCACCUGUUCGCACUCCACAUCGUGUCCCAGCUCCUCCACCUGCAGGCGCCCUUCCUGGACCAGGUUCACUCCGAGCAGUGGCAGCUGGCCACCAGCCAGAUCCCCGUGCAGCAAACCCACCUGUUUGACGUCCACAACUACCCCGACUACGUGUCCUCCGGUGGAGGGUUUGGGCCUGUGGAUGACCACGGCUACGGUGUUUCUUACAUCUUCAUGGGGGAUGACACGGUCACCUUCCACAUUUCCAGCAAAAAAUCAAGCACAAAAACGGACUCGCACCGGCUCGGGCAGCACAUUGAGGACGCGCUGCUGGACGUGGCCUCCCUGUUCCAGGAGGGGCAGCGUCUGAAGCGAGGGUGCCGGGGGCGCGGGGAGGAGGACGCGGGGAACAGGCGUGGGUCUCUCCCCGGCCACUAGGGGCUCCGGGGCACCCUGCCGCCCACUAACCUGUGAUCUCUUCCGGCCAGGACCUGGUCUCCCCGGGAAGUCGUGGGCGGGGCUCUGUGGCUGGGCUGGUGCAGGACGGAGGCACCCUGUGUGGGUUUGGAAACCCCGCAUCUGGUCCAAUAAAGAUGUGUGAGCUGG